AUGGUAACAAGGAAGAAAAACGCCACAAUCGAUGUGGCAAGCAUGUUCAAGGACGUGGAGAUGAAGGUGCCGCUCUUGACGGCGUUAAAAAUGCCCCCAAUUAGUAAAUUCAUCAAAGACUACUUGGCGGGGAAAGUCAACGAGGAAGGGAGACUAAUUACAGAUAAGAACGUCUCUGCCGUGAUCCAGAGAAGCGACCUCCCCUCCAAGAAAACUGACCCUGGAAUGUUCACGCUCCCUAUUUCUAUCGGAGAUAUCCAAGUGGAGCACGCCAUGUGCGAUUUGGGGGCAUCUAUCAACGUUCUGUCAUACUCCAUCUAUCGGAAACUGGGAGCAGCCAAACUCAUCAACACUGACAUAAUGAUACAGUUGGCCGACACAUCGUGUAUUCACCCAGAAGGAAUUAUGGAGGACGUUAUUGUAAAGGUGAAUAAUUUUCUGUACCUAGCUGAUUUUUUUGUAAUCAAGAUGACGGAGCCCGCAGCAAAGGAAUCGAGUGGAGUCCUACUGGGACGACCAUUCCUGUCCACAGCCAGCACUAUUAUAGAUGUCCAAAAUGGGACUAUAAGCCUGGAUUUCAAGGGAGAGCAGUACACGUUCAAUAUUGAUGAAGCCAUAAAGAAGCCAGCCGACGGCGAGAACGUGUACUCUGUGGACGCAACUGAACCAUUGGUGCAGGAAUUUCUGGAGGAGGAAUUCUUAAAGAGGGAAUUCACUUAUUCCACUGCACAUAAAGAGGUCGAAAAAGAAGUAGAAGAAUGGUUUGAGACCAUGAUGGUCGGAGAGAUGGACGACCAAGCCAUCGCAAAGGCAAUAACAAAUUUUUUCGAGCUUCCGAGGCCAGCUGGAUCAAGUGGGAUAGCUCAAGUAUCUAGCCUAGCGAAGCGGCUUGAUCAAGGCAAGUCACGGGAAAAAGAUGUGGUAGAAAACCCUCUGCCCACUGAAGAGCCAGAGCCCGCGAAGGAGUUGAAGCCCCUUCCAGCACAUCUUAAGUACGCCUACCUGGGGGAGGAAGAAACAAUGCCCGUUAUUAUCAACAACCAGUUGACCCAGGGGUAG